AAUUAGUAUAUAGAUACCGAGAUGCCCGCUAUCCGCUACACUCUCUUGUCGGUCUGCACUCAGGCAGCUUCCCUCAGUCUCUUCUACAAUGGCUAGAGUUUUGCUUUCCAUCGUUGUGGCCAUGUUAGGAGUGGCCCACGCCCAAGUGGGUUACAAUGUGCCAGCGCCCAAUGGGCCAGGAUACUCCUACGGCGCCCCCGACCUCCAGGCGGCCGCCUCCAGCUUCGACGCCCCUGCAGCAGAGGACCCCAUCGCCGCCCUGGCAGCCAACAUCCCCGGCGGAGGCGUCCCUGGCGAGGACUACCCCAUCCUGGCCUCCGUCCCCGACACCGGAUUCUCCUGCGAGGAACAACAAUUCCCAGGCUACUACGCUGACACCGCCCCGGAGGCCGGCUGCCAAGUCUUCCACAUCUGCCAGUUCGACGGCCGCCAGGACGCCUUCCUGUGCCCCAACGGCACCCUCUUCAACCAGCAGUACUUCGUGUGCGACUGGUGGUUCAACGUGGACUGCGCCGCGUCCGCACAGUUCGUCGGCCUCAACGCCGACAUCGGGAAGGUCCCCGACAACGCGGCUGCCGCCUCCGACGCCUCCCUCGCCACCUCGUACGGCGCCCCUCAGGCUCAGGCCUCGGCCCAGGUCCCCGUGCAGGCUCCCAACCAGCUAUACGGCGCUCCCAAUGGCUUCUAGAAUACAUAACGGAAACCCAGAGAUCAAUUUUUAAGUCCACAAAUAUUAUCCGUUAUUUUUGUACCAUAUUAUUUAUUUUUUGGAAUCAUCACCUGUCCACGCAAAUGCACUGAAAUGUAACGACAAA